CGGCGGAGGCGGUAACGGUAGCGGCGGCGGCUGGGUCGGGCCCCGACGGGCGGCGGCGGCUGAGCUGGAGGCGGAGGGAGGAGGCGGCGGCGGCGAAGGAGGCGGCGGCGGCGGAGGGGGGAAGAUGGCGGCGCCCGUCCUGCUGAGAGUGUCGGUGCCGCGUUGGGAGCGGGUGGCCCGGUAUGCAGUGUGCGCCGCCGGGAUCCUGCUCUCCAUCUACGCCUACCACGUGGAGCGGGAGAAGGAGCGGGACCCCGAGCACCGGGCCCUCUGCGACCUGGGGCCCUGGGUGAAGUGCUCUGCCGCCCUUGCCUCCAGAUGGGGUCGAGGAUUUGGUCUUUUGGGUUCCAUUUUUGGAAAGGAUGGUGUAUUAAACCAGCCAAACAGUGUCUUUGGACUUAUAUUUUAUAUACUACAGUUAUUACUUGGCCUGACAGCAAGUGCAGUUGCAGCUUUAAUCCUCAUGACGUCCUCCAUCAUGUCUGUAGUGGGGUCUUUGUACCUGGCCUACAUCCUGUACUUUGUGCUGAAGGAGUUUUGCAUAAUCUGCGUCAUCACAUACGUGCUGAACUUCAUUCUUCUUAUCAUCAACUACAAACGACUAGUUUACUUGAAUGAGGCCUGGAAACGGCAACUGCAGCCCAAGCAGGACUAACCACCUGACAAACUCUUAACUGACAGUCUGAAGUCCCUUUUUCCAUUAAGUUUAUUUUGCAGCAGUUUGGUUGGUUUUUUUUUUGUUUUUUUUUUUUUAAUUCUUCACAACAGACACUUUCCCUAAGAAUCUUAAACUGAUUUUUUAAAAUCCUGUAAAUUAGAAGGGGCUCUAGCUAUUUUCUGUGUCAAUCUUCAUUUUAAAUAUGGAUACAAAAAAACAAAGAGGAUACGCCGAGCCAAUCAAAGACAAGCUUUAACUUUACUUUGGAGAUGUUUCUGAAAUAAUAAAUGUAGCCCUAGCCUCCUUCCCUCAAUUGUAAAGUGAGCAACCAUUGCUAGUAAUUCUCUAAUGUGUAUAAAUUAAAUUUCAGCUAUAACAAAUGUGAUCAUGACAUGAAAAUAUUUUAGAAUAGAUACUGUAUUAAAUAUUGCCAUGUUUACAAUAUGUAAUGUUUUUAGCUGAUGGAUUUAAACAUGUAGAUUCAACUAGAAUCCAUUCAUGUGAUAUUUGUAAAUAAAGGUAGAAAUAUUGGAUCCA